GGCCUAAGUUUUCAGCAAAUCAAAAGGGGAAAAGGAUAAACCCUAACUCAAUUCCUCAAUCUCGAACUCUCCACCGAUUCGAGUAGCCAUGGGGAUACUGUCGUGGUUCACCGGAAGCCCUAAGCCUUCGCAGCCGGAGAAGUCGAAGACGGAGAAAUCGGAAACUCCGGCUCCGGGGAUGAACGGAGCCAUAGAAGUCCCUCGUCCCGAUCGCGCGACGGUUUUCGAGUUCGGCUCUGUGGCAGCCACCGGAGACAGAGUCACUCUCGCUGGAUACUGCCCCGUUUCCGACGAUCUCGAGCCUUGUCGCUGGGAGAUUCUUCCUGCCGACGGAAAAGACGCGCCGCAGUUUCGCGUCGUCUUCUGAAGAAUCCGAUCAUCAGCUGAGUUUCUAGAAAUGGAUAAAUUGUAUUGGUGCUGGUAAUGUCAUAGACAAUUUUUUCACUAGGUUCGAAGCGCACCAUCAUCAUCUACAGCUUGUAUUUCCGUAUUUAAAUAAAUGAGCUUCUUUUAUUAUUUUUAAAAUAAGGGAAUUAUUAAGUGAUUA